UAGCUAUCCAACACCGCGCUCAUUUCAAUUUCAAAAUCUCCAUAAAAAUCCUAAAUUUAGGUUUUUUUUUUAUCCAUAAUCUCCUUUUUUUCAUUAAAUUUAGAAUACCCAUUUUGUUUUUUUUUUUAAAUCAGAUUGCAUUUCCCAUUUGAUGCUUCAAAAUUUCAUUAAAAAAUCCUGUUUUUGUUUUCAAAACCCUAAAAAUGCCAAAACGACGAGUUAAAAAGAAGACAGUGAAAGAAGUUCCCCAAAUUCAAAAUCAAGACGAAGGUCAAUUGAUAGACCGAGAAGUUGAGCGCCAGUGUGCUGCAAUUAGGGCUAUGCGUGAUGUGAAGGAUGAGCAUACCUUAACCGGGUUGCGUUUGCUUCAAUCCUAUUUCAACCAGGACCAGUUACAAACUCCUGCCCUCCAGUUCUUUAAGGAGAAUCAUGUGAACUUAUCGAUCCGAAAAAGUAGCGAAAAUGGCGAAAUUGAGGUGGAUUGGAAUGAUAAAGGGGAUGAUUUGUCGAUGAGUCAAGCUCCUAAUGCAGGAAACUUACAUGCUUUGUUACGCCGGCUGUCUGUUACAUUUUCUGAGUGCUCUGCUGUUCCGUCUCUUGGCGCCUUUGACAAUGCGGAUUAUGGGAGAACGAGCAUUUUGGGUGGUAACAGCCUGCUGACGAAGGACUUUGUAUUGGAAGGUCCAUCUGACUCUUACAUGUUAGCUGACGGUCUCCAAACUCCUGGGGUUAGUAGCCAGAGAAUGUCUGUCGGGAUGACACCCAAAACUUUAAGGCUGCCUAAGCCUGGUGAGAUGCUUCUCUCUGUCCAUGGCUCACCACUCGGCGUCUUCAAGGAAGAUAACAUGGAAGCCAUACUUGAGUCAGAAGAGGGUUGACUGGUUUCAUGUUGUUCACUUAGAUUUUGAAAUUAUAUGGCACGGAAACUUAUCGAUUGCUACACGGAGAGGCUUCUGAAUCUACAAAUUUGUAUAAUUAUAGUCUAUUCUUAUAAAAAAUGCCGUUUUCCGUUUCAA